GUUAAUAUGAAUUGUUAGGUUUUGUUGAUGACUUGUAUUUUUGUUUUUGGCAAACUUUAUUCUUGUGAUCAGCUGAUUGGCUUUAGUUUAAAUUAUGUGAGUGUGUUGGAAUAUUACUUUUACAGUUUGUUGAUGAUGAUCAUACCAGUGAACAAGUCCAAAAGCAAUUAGUGUAACUCAUCUAGUGAUGUAUCAGUGUAAGCCAUGAAGUUGAGUGUGAGUGCGUACCGCGCUCAUGCGUCGGCGCACAAGAAGAUCCUGACGUCAUCGUACCAGCAACACUAUGGAAGCACCGCCGCGCCAUCUUGUAAUCCUCUGCAACCGACGAACUUCACACCGCAGGCUGAAGAAGGCACUACCAGGACAUCAGAAGGUGAGGACAAUGAUGGGAGUGACGUCAACGCCGGCUCAUCAAGAGCUCUGUCGACAGCCACGUCCAAGGAAGAAGACGAUGACUCGAGCAUCAAUGUUAGCAAUGGAAGCAAGAGCUCAGGACAAAGGCGACCAAUCAUUCCAUCGGGCUCAACACGUUCUUGCAAGUCCAUCGAGGACUCAGGGAUGCCUGAUUCCGACAAACGAGGCCAUAGGUGGAGACACGUCCAAGCUGUUAUGGCUUACUACCAGGCACUCAGGAAAAUAAAGAGAACGAAGUCCAAUCAGAGAUGGAUGAAGUUAAGGACAACUGUGCAGCUCAGUUCGGCAAUACAGAAGAAGCCUCCAUUGAAGAGAGAAGACUCGUUUCUGAAGAGAUUCUCGACUCGUCAAAUACCAGAGACACAGGAAACAGUAGAAGAUACUGGAUCGGAAGGUGCUACCGGUGAUCAAAGAUCGACCACUAGACAGAGGCGGCGCAAAGUAAGAGUUCCAAGAACUGUCGUGAAUCCUGAUGAAAACUUCUACUUCUACUGGCUCUGGAUGAUCACUAUCUGUGUAUUGUACAAUCUCUGGACGCUCAUCGUGAGGCAGAGCUUCCCUGAACUUCAGGCCAUGUGCCACUACUUCUGGGUCGCGUGCGACGGCAUCAGUGACAUAAUAUUUGCACUGGACCUCGUCGUCCAGUUGAGGACUGGAUAUCUUGAACAAGGUUUGAUGGUGUAUGAUUCAAGCAAGCUAGCCAAGCAUUACCUGGCCUCACGCCCUUUUCUGUUUGACAUUGCGGCGCUGACGCCUCUCGAUCUAUUGCAGCUCAAGUUUGGCACCCAACCUAUGAUUAGGUUUCCAAGAUUCCUUAAGGUUUAUAGAGCUAUUAGCUGCUACUACAUCGUGGAAUCGAGAACAGUCUACCCAAACUUCUGGCGAGUAAUCAACUUGAUUCAUAUUCUGCUCAUCCUUGCGCAUUGGUUCGGCUGCUUCUAUUUCCUCCUCUCCGAAGCUGAAGGGUUUCAGGUACUUUUGUAAAAGCCGUUUCUCGUCUUCUUGGAUGUCUGGGCUACAACUCCUUGGAAGCAAUAAGCGCC